AUGUUUAUUUACUUUGAGAUGAAUUUCCGAACAAUAAUAAUAUUUACAGAUUUUUCAAAUCAAUUUCAUAAGAGUUUCACAGAACAAAUUGGGGGCUGCUUCAAACGAGGAAGAGGGUUUCCGCUUCUGUGACUGGUUUGGUGGAGAAGUGAAUCGAAACUAGAUUGUUGGUAUUUGUAGUGGCGUUCAAUUGAGGAAGAAAUAUGUCGGUGACAGCGGGUGUUAGUGAUACUGUAAUAGCCAUUAGGGAUAAGCUGAGAGGUAAAAUUGGGCAAACAAAAGUUCAGCGUUAUUGGCCUGGUAAAGUUCCUGAAUGGGCUGAUGAUGAGAAUGAAGACAUUGCCGCUGCCGAUAUUAGACCCUCCAGGGAAGCUGCCUUGGAGAAAGUAUUUCCUCGUCACGAGGAAGAUACUGCUAUAGUCAGAAAAGAUGAUCGCCGGCUCCGGCGAUUGGCUGAGAGUCGGAUAGAUAACAGGGAGGAGGUGAGGGCUGAUCAUCGCCGCAUUCGGCAAGCUGAGAUUGUUUCCACCAUUGAAGAGGAGGCCAGGAGGCAGGAAGGGUUGGAAUUGGAAGAAGAAGAUGAAAAUGCUUUGGCAGAAAGAAGGAGGCUGAUCAAAGAGAAGUUGCUUCAUAGAGAGCAGGAAGAGGCGCUACCUCAGGAAGAGGAGGAGGAGGAGGAAGAGGAGGAGGAGGAGGAGGAAUCUGAGUAUGAGACUGACUCUGAUGAGGAAUAUACUGGAGUGGCUAUGGUGAAGCCUGUUUUUGUUCCCAAGUCUGAGAGAGAUACCAUUGCUGAGCGCGAGCGGCUUGAGGCUGAGGAACAGGCACUUGAAGAUGCAAGGAAGAGGAGGUUGGAGGAAAGAAGAAUUGAGACAAAGCAGAUUGUUGUUGAGGAGAUCCGAAAGGAUGAAGAAAUCCAGAAAAACUUGGAAAUGGAGGCCAACAUUGCUGAUGUGGAUACUGAUGAUGAAGUCAAUGAGGCUGAGGAGUAUGAGGCUUGGAAAGUUAGGGAGAUUGGUAGGAUCAAGAGGGAUAGGGAGGAUCGGGAGGCAAUGUUGAAGGAAAAAGAAGAGAUUGAGCGGGUGAGAAACAUGACAGAGGAAGAGAGGAGGGAGUGGGAAAGGAAGAAUCCGAAAGCUGCUCCACCACCAAAGCAGAAGUGGAGAUUUAUGCAGAAAUACUAUCACAAAGGAGCUUUCUUCCAGUCUGAAUCUGACGAUAGGGCUUCCACUGUUGGAUCUGAUGGUAUUUUCACACGUGAUUUCUCUGCUCCAACUGGGGAGGAUAAAAUGGACAAGACAAUAUUACCCAAGGUUAUGCAAGUCAAGCACUUUGGUCGUAGUGGAAGAACUAAAUGGACCCAUCUUGUCAAUGAGGAUACAACUGAUUGGAACAACCCGUAAGUUCAAUUUCCAAUCUUCUCUUCUUUCAAG